GCCGACCAGGGCAGCAUGGAGCACCUCUCCUCCAGAUGAAGGAUUUUUGACCUUCUACAAUUAUUUCUUUCCAGUAGUUUCGGGUUGAAUAAAGCUCUUCAAGAUGUCGGCAAAACAUGUAUCAAUCCAUGCCAAAUGGAUCAUUGGUAAAGUCAUCGGCACCAAGAUGUUCAAGACUGCUAAAGUGAGAGUCACGAGGCUGGUGCUGGACCCAUACCUGCUUAAGUUCUACAACAAGAGGAAGACCUACUUCGCCCAUGAUGCUUUGCGACAGUGCACUGUGGGAGAUAUCGUCCUUCUCAAGGCUCUUCCUGAGCCGAGGUCCAAACACGUGAAGCAUGAACUGGUUGAGAUAGUGUAUCAAGUCGGCCGGGUAGUUGACCCGCUGACAGGAAAGAGAGUUGCAGGAACUGAGUUUGUGGAGCCCCUGCCUGACCUUCCACACAGCCCAGAGGAGACGACGUUAUUAGAAAAACUGCAGGAGCUGAACAUCGGUGCUGCCACCAGUGAAGCUGAUUCCUCACUUGCAGAGAAACCCACUUCAUGUUAAAAAAACUGUCCUGUUAUGUUUAAAUGUCACUCUGUAAUCAGAUUUUUUCUAUUGUAGAAUAAUAUACAGUGUAUCACCUAAUGUGGAGAGCCUAAAUACAUUUUCUUUGCUAUGUGUAUUCUUAUUUGAAGUCACAGUUAUUGGGAAUUUACAAUAAAAGUGACUGAUUACA